AUACCUGGUUCUUAUGGCAGGACCACGGGACACUGGUCAAAAAUAGUCAUAUCAGCACUUUAAUGUGGUUCAGCACAGUGGUUCUUAGCUGGUGGGGUUGUAUGGAGAAUGUCCACUUGGGGGCAUGCCUAUUUGAAAGAGCAUAUCCAGUGAUAUAAUUUUACAUUGAAAAGUAAAAUAUAUAGAUAGAUGUUGAUAUAAAAUACCGACAUCAGAAAGUAAAGGUUGAUGGAAUUCACUGGUCUUGAGGAGCAGACAUUGCAGAAGAGAGUCUUAUGAAUGAGGGAGAAGGGGAUGUUGAACUUUACAGGUCAGUUUGGGGCAUGAGAGAAUUUCUUUUUAUUAUCAAUGGGUGAAUGGGUUGAAAAGACUGAGGAAACAUUGAGUUUAAUUAGAUUUCUCAGCUUCAGGGUUUCUAGGCUCACAGAGACACUCCCCUAGAGAUGAACAAGGCUGACGGGAGGUGCUGUUAAAACCCAGCUAAGAAGGCAGCCACAGAGCUCUGGCCUCUCACCUGUGGCUGGCCCAGAAGUUCUCAGCCCGGGUUCCACAAGAGCCUUGAAGACCUGAAUGAAGGACAUGAAGUCAGGGCCCCACUAUAUUCUCCUUUCUGCAGGGCCCUCAAGAUAGCUGUGACUUUAUCCUCUUCUCUUACCACCAAGAAGGCCCAUUAAGAUGUGAAAGAGUGGAAGUUUUAUUAAAGGAUGAGCUUUGAGGUUGUGAGAAUUUAUUUAAAUUUAAAUCAUCUGCAGACUUUGGGACUUGAAUUGCCAUCAGGAACAUGCUGCUGUGCCCCCUUCAUGCAGAGUGUGACCCACCAACUUCCUCUGUAUGCUCCCUUCUGGGCGCCCCCAUUCUAACACUCAGGCUCUCCUCUCCUGUAUUAAAUAGGGAGACACUGAGCUUGGGAGCUCCUAAUUGGUUUUUUUCUACCUCUGUUCUCCCAGAGAACCUCCAAGCUGCUCUGUUCCAAGACUUAUAAUAGCUCCCCAUUGCCUAUAGGAUAUAAUUCAAACUCCUUGAUCUGGCAUCACACCCUCGGCUGAUUCUUCUAAGUUUCUCUCUACUUCUUCUCCUUGUGAACCAUCCAUUCCAACCAGACCGGACUGUGUUGUGGCCUUGGGUCACAUUCCCUGGACUGCCUCCUACCCCCUGCCUUUGUACUUUUCAGAUAUCACAUCUCUGUCCCUCUGAAAGCUCCAGGAAACAGCCACACCAGAGGACUUGUUUGCUCCUCAGGAGGGGUCUGGCACUUCCUGCCUGCAGGGCUCACUGAAGCCUACCUUCUGCCCGUGCUGUGACACUUUGGUGGCCUUAGUUCUCAUUCCCUACUGGCAGAUGGCACCUGUGUAGAAAAUUGUCACAGAUCCUCUAUUUGAUUGUUUUCAUGUCUCAUGAAAAGGUUUCUUAGGGAGAAGGCUUCAUUUACCCAAGUUAUAGAAGAGUCCAGGGGAAACUGAUGCGAAAUAAUCCCCCUAGGCUGGAGCACAGAGCUCAGAAACAGGAGACGCAGCCAGACCCUGCAUGUUUACCUCAUGCAUGACACUUUGCAAACAGGUUCUCCUUCCAUACCAGUUGGAAUGUUCUGGCUGUGGGAAGCCAAAAUCCCAACCCAGCCUAGCUUCAGCAAUGAGGAAAGUUACCAUUUCUCACAGCAGGAUGUCCGAGAUGGGGCUCGGAGAUGUCACCAGGGUCCUCUAUAUCUCUUUGGCCAUGCCGUCCUAGGCAUUGUCUUUGCCUCAAGCUGGUUCCCUCAUGGUCAGCAGAUGGCAGCCAGCAGCCCUGAGACAUCUUCUUUUUCUGUCUAGUGAGUGGGAACAUGACAUGUGACACCUCAUUCCUCAGCUGAAUUGGUCCCACUCGGGUAACUUGCCAUGGCUGGACCAGUACCUGGCCCCAGAAGUAGGCUCUGCUAACAGUCCGUCCACCUGAGGUGCAAGGUCUGAGCUUCUCUGAACCUCAUGGGUAUCAGCCGGAGGGUGGCUCUCUGGACACACUGGGGAUGUUAUUAGGAAGAGGAAGAGGGCAGUGGCUGCUGGGGGAAGCAACAGUGUCCAUUAUGUCAUCUGUCAGUACACUCGACCUGGAUGCCCAAGAAGCAGUGGGUUGGCGACCGACCAGGCCCAAGGUGCCACCAGUGACACAGUGACAGCGUUCACUGUCUGGUCUGUCUCCAUCUUCUUUGGAAGGAAUCUUCUGCUUAGCUUUAAAAUCCUUUGUUUCAAAUGACUGUGAUGAAAAGUGACAGUUCCUGCCUCACCACUGAUCAGUUUUUGCUUUGAGUCAGAUGAAGGUAGCCAAGUGUGUCCAAACUGUUUUAAAAUGCCAGUGUUUUGUCUAUAUCCCAGUGGCCCUUUAUUAGCUACCUGGUGCCUUAAAACCUUUUUAUUUUCCUCUCCGCUAUAUACCGCACCUGUUAGGUUGAACCUGAUGGAAUGAAAUUGUGAUUUUUGUAAGAUAAAAGUGGUUAUCACCAUUCACGAAAUUCAACUAAUACAUCAUUUCUGACUUCCACUUUCCUGUGAGGUGGGUACUGUAUCCCCAUUUUCAUUGAUGAGGAGCCUGAGUGUAGAAAGGACAUGCAGUAGGUCGAGGAGCUGGGGUUUGAACCUGAGUCUUUCUGUCUUUAUCCUCAUACUUAUCCAGACAGUGCAUAUCCUCUUCUGGGAGCUACCUGCAGCCAGUAGUGCAUUGGAAGCUGAGAGCCAGGCUGGUUUGGGAGACGAUGUGAUAGCUACUGAUUGAUCAGUGAUACCUUCAAAGGUGUCUCCAGAAGAGCAAACCCACAAGUUAAACUAAUGUAUGGAGUUGGCUUCCCAAGACUGAGGUGUUCUGACUGUUCUAGAUCCAAGCUUUCACCAGUUCUCGGGAUGCCCAUAGGGAUGGGUGAAGCCCGCCUGGCCUGUGGUGCUUCCCAGUGACCGUCAUCUCACUAGGGCCCCACAGUGGCAUUAGGAUGCACCUCUCUGCGGUGUUCAACGCCCUCCUGGUGUCGGUGCUGGCCGCGGUCCUGUGGAAGCAUGUGCGACUGCGUGAGCAUGCAGCUACACUGGAGGAGGAGCUGGCCCUCGGCCGACAGGCCACAGAGCCAGCCCCAGCGCUGAGGAUCGACUACCCGAAGGCACUGCAGAUCCUGAUGGAGGGUGGCACACACAUGGUGUGCACAGGCCGCACACACACAGACCGCAUCUGCCGCUUCAAGUGGCUCUGCUACUCCAACGAGGCCGAGGAGUUCAUCUUCUUCCAUGGCAACACCUCUGUCAUGCUACCCAACCUGGGUUCCCGGCGCUUCCAGCCAGCCCUGCUCGACCUGUCCACCGUGGAGGACCACAACACCCAGUACUUCAACUUCGUGGAGCUGCCUGCUGCUGCCCUGCGCUUCAUGCCCAAGCCGGUGUUCGUGCCAGAUGUGGCCCUCAUUGCCAACCGCUUCAACCCCGACAACCUCAUGCAUGUCUUUCACGACGACCUGCUGCCACUCUUCUACACCCUGCGGCAGUUUCCCGGCCUGGCCCACGAGGCACGGCUCUUCUUCAUGGAGGGCUGGGGCGAGGGUGCACACUUCGACCUCUACAAGCUGCUCAGCCCCAAGCAGCCUCUCCUGCGGGCACAGCUGAAGACACUGGGCCGGCUGCUGUGCUUCUCCCAUGCUUUUGUGGGCCUCUCCAAGAUCACUACCUGGUACCAGUAUGGCUUUGUCCAGCCCCAGGGCCCGAAAGCCAACAUCCUGGUCUCGGGCAAUGAGAUCCGGCAGUUUGCACGGUUCAUGACAGAAAAGCUGAACGUAAGCCACACAGGAGCCCCUCUAGGCGAGGAGUACAUUCUGGUCUUUAGCCGAACCCAGAACAGACUCAUCCUGAAUGAGGCAGAGCUGCUGCUGGCACUGGCCCAGGAGUUCCAGAUGAAGACAGUGACAGUGUCCCUGGAGGACCACGCCUUUGCUGAUGUCGUGCGACUGGUCAGCAACGCCUCCAUGCUGGUCAGCAUGCAUGGGGCCCAGCUGGUCACCACCCUCUUCCUGCCCCGUGGGGCAACUGUGGUAGAGCUCUUCCCAUAUGCUGUCAAUCCCGACCACUACACUCCCUAUAAGACGCUGGCCAUGCUGCCUGGCAUGGACCUCCAGUAUGUAGCCUGGAGGAACAUGAUGCCAGAGAACACAGUCACACACCCUGAGCGGCCCUGGGACCAGGGGGGCAUCACCCAUCUGGACCGGGCUGAGCAAGCCCGUAUCCUGCAAAGCCGUGAGGUCCCACGGCAUCUCUGUUGCCGGAACCCCGAGUGGCUCUUCCGAAUCUACCAGGACACCAAGGUGGACAUCCCAUCCCUCAUUCAAACCAUACGGCGUGUGGUGAAGGGCCGGCCAGGACCACGGAAGCAGAAGUGGACAGUCGGCCUAUAUCCAGGCAAGGUGCGGGAGGCACGGUGCCAGGCGUCAGUGCAUGGCGCCUCCGAGGCCCGCCUCACUGUCUCCUGGCAGAUCCCAUGGAACCUUAAGUACCUGAAGGUGAGGGAGGUGAAGUAUGAGGUGUGGCUGCAGGAGCAGGGGGAGAACACCUAUGUGCCUUACAUCCUGGCCCUGCAGAACCACACCUUCACUGAGAACAUCAAGCCCUUCACCACCUACCUGGUGUGGGUCCGCUGCAUCUUCAACAAGAUCCUCCUGGGACCCUUUGCAGAUGUGCUGGUGUGCAGCACGUAGCGAGCGAGCCACAGCCCGGCCUCGGGAGGGUGGCUUCUGCAGUUCAGCAUCCCUGGGCCCGUUAAUCCCACUGUGGAGACUUCUGGGAACUGUCUAUUUAUUGAGCAGGCCUGCCCCAGGCCUGUGCCUCCACGUCAUCUUGUUGCCCCGGGGGUGUGGUGUCACAGCACUCCUCUUUGUCCUAGAGAUAUGGGAGCCGACUUCCCCUUCUCCCAUCCUGAACAUUUGUACCCCUGGAGAAGUUCCUUAGCAGGGCGGAGGAAGAGGAGAGGAGGAAGGAAAGAAAGAAUCACAAGGAACCUCUGGCUAGGUGAUCCUGAUGUUUCCUACUGAGUUUUUCUGGUAUCCAGAUUUCUGGAAACCGAGUAAUCAUGUACUGUUUGAUUGGGUGGUUCAUCUGCUUCCAUCCCAGUGAAAUUUACCUGUAGCCCAGUUAAGGGUGUGUUUGGAACAGUCAUUAAAUGAUUCUAAGCAUCUUG